GCUGGCCACAAUGAAAUCUCUCCAUUUGACAGUAUCUUAGGGCUUGGGGAAGAGGAGUCACCCUGUACCAAUUUGUUCUUGGUUCUGGUAAAUUGUGCCGGGAAAGGGGAAAAAGCACGGAGACUUCACCCGCUGCUCGGUUCGGUUUUCUGCCUCUAACCCAGCGAACUGAAGCAGAGACCCGUGAGGAAGAGGAGCCCGGAUACUGCCCCGUGGCCCCCCACCUCGACCCCAGCCGGAGGGCCAUCUGGAGGAUCACCACAGCGGAGGGCCAAUGGGGGCUGGGUCCCACCCUGGGCCUGGAAGGGGUGGCCCCCCACUUCUCCUGCUCCUCCUGGCGCUGGUGGCGGCCCUGGUUGUGACAGUUCACGGUGAUUGUGGCGCCCCUCCUUGGUACCCAUUUGCAAUCCCAGACAAACUUGUGAAUAAGGAAGUCUACCAAGAAGGAGAGACAGUGAAAUAUUCCUGCCGACCCGGGUACACCCGAAAGCGUUCGUCUUUGUACAUUUCCUGUAAUAAUGGGAGAUGGUUUCCGGACGGCUUGACCUCUCCGUUCUGUGUUGUGAAAUCAUGUCCUCAUCCAGGAGACCUGGUUAACGGUCACGUGGACAUCAAGACAGAUCUUUCUUUAGGGUCCAAAAUAGAAUUCAGCUGCAACGAGGGGUACUCUUUAAUUGGGCAUUCAACCAGUAGUUGUGAGAUUUUAGAAUCCAGAAUCUCCUGGAGUAAUGAUCUUCCCAACUGUGAGAUUGUAUCAUGCCCACGACCCCCGAACAUCCCCAAUGGGAAACACAGUGGCGAUGAGGAUGAUUUCUUCACCUACGGUUCAUCGGUGACCUACAGCUGCAACACGGUCCCAGAGGGAAGUUCCCCGUUCUCACUCAUCGGGGACGCCUCCAUCUCCUGUGCAGUGGAGAACAAGACCACUGGCGUUUGGAAGCCCCCGCCGCCCAAGUGCCAAGUGAUCACCUGUCCUCAGCCAGAUGUUCCACAGGGGAGGAUCACCAGUGGAUUUGGGCAUACCUAUUCGUACAGAGACACGGCUAUAUUUGAAUGCAAGAGAGGCUACCUCCUCAAUGGCAGUCACGUAAUUCGCUGUGAGAGUGACAACCAAUGGUAUCCUGCUGUCCCCACCUGCCAGCUCAAUAGCUGCAGUAACCCCCCGACGAUCCCACUUGCUCAACGGGACAGGAGUUCGGGCUCAGAGGACUGGAAUGUCGGCUACUAUAAGUACCGAGAGCCGGAGGUGUUCUUGGUUGGAACGGAACUGCAGUACACAUGUGUGAAAGGCUUCCGGGCCCAGAAAUACAAGCCCAGAUCCGUGACAUGCCAGGCAAACUUCACAUGGUCCGUGAAUGAUGGAUUUUGUGAAAGAAUCUGCUGUCCAAGACCAGAUGUUGACCAUGGAAAAAUCAUCAAAAUCUUCAGUUCCUUCCCGGGUUGUGAAUAUGGAUCUCAAGAUACAAUUAAGGUUUCAUGUAAUUCUGGUUAUACCUUGACUGGUGAUGACACAAAUCAGUGCCAGGAAACUGGUGCCUGGGAACCCGCUUUGUCAUCUUGUAUUCCAGACUGUAGAUCUCCCAAGAUUGACCACGGGACAACUGUAGCCGGUCCAUAUUGGAGUAAAACUUUUACAGUCACAUGUAAUGAGGGCUACAUUCUGGUUGGAAAAUCUCGCAUCUCAUGUGAAGAGUUAACCUCUCCUCAGGCUCCUCGAUGUGAAGCCCUGUGCCCGCAACCCAUAGUUGAGAAUGGAGUGGUAACCCCGCACAAGACCAACUACCAGGCCGCAGUCACCAUCUCUGUCAAGUGUAACUCCGGCUACAAGCUCAUCGGAGUUCCCAACUCUUCCUGCUCAGAGAAUGGCACUUGGAGUCCGGAGUUGCCCAAGUGCGAAUGGAUAAUCCCCGAAGGCUGUGAGCAGGUGCAGGCGGGCCAAGCUAUCCUGAGGUGCCUGCCAAAUCCGCGGGACGUGAUCCAGGCCCUGGAAGCGUAUAAGCUGUCCUUGGAAAUCGCCAAACUGGAGCUGGAGGUUGACCGUCUGAGGAACAAAUGCGCUCAGCCACUAUCUUCCUUGAAAGAGGAAGCAGAAGACAGGACCCCACCAGGUGAACAUCCGGGUGGGACGGCCCCCCGGGACCUCAUCUCUGCACCUCAGCCAGACACCGCCCCUGCCACUCGCCACCCGCACCGCGCGUCCACAUUUCAACCCCACCACUAAAAGUCCCUUAGGCUUGAACUCAUGACUCCUUUUUGGUGGUGGGUAAAUGUAAAUGAGCACUUAGUGCUUAGAGGGAGUUGCUAAUAGUUAGCCUGACAUAAUGGCUCAGUUUAGACCUGCUUUUCAGGACUCUGGAAGUCUGGCUGAUGAAAUAAAAACUUGGCUGCGAGA